AAAAUUGUUUUUGGUAGAAUUUGUUUAUUACAAUUAAGAAUAGUUUUUGAGGUAGUCUCCUGACUCUCCCCUCUUCGUCUCUUCGUCUCUUCGUCUCUUCGUCGCUUACGAACUUUUGGGCAAAGAAGCUUUGCGAAGGCUAGAGUCAAUUUAAAGUCGAGCUCCCACAGAUUUUUCUUCCGUCUUCGUUCUCAAACCAAAACCCUAAUUCCUUAAUUCUCUUCUCUCCUGUUUUACAUUCUUUUCAGCUCUCCUAUCAUUCUUCGAUGGGGUUGUGGGAAGCUUUCCUCAAUUGGCUGCGAAGCCUUUUCUUCAAGCAAGAAAUGGAGUUGUCUUUGAUAGGUCUUCAAAAUGCUGGAAAAACUUCACUUGUGAAUGUCAUUGCUACUGGAGGAUAUAGUGAAGACAUGAUCCCUACGGUAGGGUUUAAUAUGAGGAAGGUGACGAAAGGGAAUGUCACUAUAAAGCUUUGGGAUCUUGGAGGGCAGCCGAGAUUUCGCAGUAUGUGGGAGAGAUAUUGCCGUGCAGUUUCCGCUAUUGUGUACACUUCCUACUUUUUUUAUUCAGCUUUUUUCUUUUCCUGGUCUAUUACCUCUGAGAAUUCUUUCUUAAUUUCUUCUGCACUUACACCAAGUCAGCGAGAUGCUGGGAACCUAAUAUGUUCUGCUUCUUUGGAUGGAUGA